AUGUCUCCGCAUGCCAGAUUUCCAUUAGCGAUGCUCAGAAGACUCGUUCGCCGGCUAAUUACCGACAUGACGGCCAUUUUUACCACGGUUACCAGAGGCGGGAUUACUUUAUUUGCAACGCUCAUUUCACAUGGUGCACGCGCAUUUUGGGUUUUACGAAUGUGGCUCAUUAGCGUUUCUACACUUGGCAGUUAUGACAUAGUGAUUACAAUUAUUCUUUGUUGGCAUAUGUAUAAAUUACAGUCGUCAGUUCAUCAUCAUGUUUAA